CGCUGUAGCUCCUCCAUGGAGUCGGCCGACUUCUACGAGGCGGAGCCGCGGCCCCCGAUGAGCAGCCACCUCCAGAGCCCCCCGCACGCGCCCAGCAGCGCCGCCUUCGGCUUCCCCCGGGGCGCGGGUUCCGCGCCGCCCCCAGCCCCACCUGCCGCCGCCGCCGCCCCGGAGCCGCUGGGCGGCAUCUGCGAGCACGAGACGUCCAUCGACAUCAGCGCCUACAUCGACCCGGCCGCCUUCAACGACGAGUUCCUAGCCGACCUGUUCCAGCACAGCCGGCAGCAGGAGAAGGCCAAGGCGGCCGCGGGCCCCGCGGGUGCAGGCGGCGGCGGCGGGGACUUUGACUACCCCGGCGGCGGCGGCGGAGGCCCGCUGGGCCCGGGCGGAGGCGCCGUCAUGUCCGCGGGCGCGCACGGGCCCCCUCCCGGCUACAGCUGCGCGGCGGCGGCCGGCUACCUGGACGGCAGGCUGGAGCCCCUGUACGAGCGCGUCGGGGCGCCGGCGCUGCGGCCGCUGGUCAUCAAGCAGGAGCCGCGCGAGGAGGACGAGGCGAAGCAGCUGGCCCUGGCCGGCCUCUUCCCUUACCAGCCGCCGCCGCCGCCGCCGCCGCACCCGCACCCGCACGCGUCGCCCGCGCACCUAGCCGCCCCGCACCUCCAGUUCCAGAUCGCGCACUGCGGCCAGACCACCAUGCACCUGCAGCCCGGCCACCCCACGCCGCCCCCCACGCCCGUGCCCAGCCCGCACCCCGCACCGGCGCUGGGGGCCGCCGGUCUGCCGCCGGGUCCCGGAGGUGCUGCUCUCAAGGCUCUGAGCGCCACGCACCCCGACCUCCGGGCGGGCGGCGGCGGAGCCGGCAAGGCCAAGAAGUCGGUGGACAAGAACAGCAACGAGUACCGGGUGCGACGCGAACGCAACAACAUCGCGGUCCGCAAGAGCCGCGACAAGGCUAAGCAGCGCAACGUGGAGACGCAGCAGAAAGUGCUGGAGCUCACCAGUGACAAUGACCGCCUGCGCAAGCGGGUGGAGCAGCUGAGCCGCGAACUGGACACGCUGCGGGGCAUCUUCCGCCAGCUGCCCGAGAGCUCCUUGGUCAAGGCCAUGGGCAACUGCGCGUGAGGCGCGCGGGGCUGCCGGACCUGGGGAGUGUGGUUUCAGGUCGCUGGAUCUCCAGGCUGCCCUUGGGAGGGGGGAGAGGGGGGACAGUGCAAGCCAGGACUAGGAGAUUCCAGGGUCGCCUGGGGGGAAAAAAGCCUGGCCUGACCCCGCGUGUCCCCCUCCCUUCCUCCGAGUCGGACUUGGUGCGUCUGAGAUGAGGGAGUCAGGCAAUGGUUUCUCCCAGAGAUGGGGAGAUCUUUCUGCUGGGCUGAGCUUUGAGCCCAGCAGUUCUAGUAUUAUGGAAAAAUUACCUUGUGCCUUCGAAAUGCAAACUCGCUCCGAUUCCUACCGAGUAGGGGAGCAAAAAUGUGCCUUGAUAUUUUCCUUGGAGGACUCCUGGAGUCCUCUAAGGCUUCCGCAGGCUCUCACGAGAGAAAGAAGGGUGCAGGCCCCAAAGCAACAGGAACAUUCAGGAAGCUGAGAUGCAGAGCAGCCGGCCCCCAACCGCCCCAGUGCCUGUCCUUAGAGGGGAGGGGCUUUUGUGGAGGUUGAGGCUUUUAACUUAAGGGCGCUCCCCUAGUUCUUAUGGAGGUGGCGGGUCCCUGGUUCCUCACCCCUACCCCAGCUUACAGCAGCAGCCUGGGGCUUCCUUGGUGAGCACUCAGAAAUAGAAGGUCACCACCCCUUGUCAGACCAGAAAGCUAGGUUGUGAGUUAGGUCGGUGGUCAAGGGAGUGGUGAUCUGGUGACAGAGAUUUGGUUUUGGGCGCGGGAGGGGCUGAAGGAUAUUGGGGACCACCAGCCCUGUCCGUCUGUACUGUAUGUAGCCAGCAUUGCCGAAGGAACAUUAAGCACAAUCAAUCCAUCCCAGAGGGACCUGAGUUAUGACAAACUUCCCAAAUAUUUUGCUUCAUCAGCCGCUAUCAACACUUGUAUCUGGUCUCUGUGUCCCUGCCGUGCCUUGUGCAAUGUCAAUGUGCACGUCGAUGAGAAACCACCAUUUUA